AUGGCAAAACCCGCAACAGCAGAUCUGACGGAGGAUGAUUUAAAGAAGUUACCCUCAAGGAAAGAGUAUGUAAAUUUCAGCAAUGGCCAAGAUUACCGUACUUUCUGCACUCCUGAUGGGUCAUAUAAACAAUUAGAAAGUAAGUGGGACGAGACUAUGAGGGACUGUAGCAAUGCCAGUAAUUACACGGAUAAGGUUGUAGGAGCAUAUUGUUAUGCAUCCUCAAAGGUGACAAAUGCGAAUCAAUCCCGUGGUCUACAAUGUCAAUAUUUUUAUUAUUGGUUAUGGAAUCUAUUAAAGAACACAUUGCACAUUCAAUCACCUUUGGACACUAAAAAAAAGGUUUACCAGGAAUUCGAGACUAUUUCUAGCGAGAAUUGGUGUAAAAUUAUAUACAAUGAUAUUAGCGACGAAGGAUUUUUUCCCCAAGUAAAAAUACAUUUCGACUACUCCAAGGACUAUGAAACCUUACAAUCACAGUUAGGGAAUGGUGUUAGUGGUACAAAGACUUGUGAUUCAACCUAUCACAAACACCUGGACACCAUUCAAUCAGCAUGUUCUGCUAUAGAAGAGGAUUUCAAACAAGACGGGGGGCCACAGAAGAGUGGUUCCUAUUGUGACCCGCUUAAAGCGGGGGGGAAGGGAUCAGCUGGAGAAUACUGUAGCGAAGGGGAGCUGCAGAAAUUGCACUGUGAACAAGUACCCAAAUCAAAUCCCAAUCCAAAUCAAGCUGGUAGUAGUGGAAAAAGCAGUCUUAGUGAUGCUGAUCAAAGUGCAGGUGGUGCUCUUGCAUCUGCUGCUGUGGGUAGUACACUGGCCACAUUAGGAAUAGGAUUACCUGCAUUAGCUCUUUUUUUAUAUAAGGUAAAAUAUUACAAUAAUUAUAAUUACCACUAUGUAUAUAUAUAUAUAUGUAUAAGUAGAGGGAACGCAAGAAGAAAGAAAAGAACAUCAAGAAUAAAACAUGAAUUCGACACAUCUACAGAAGAUUCUUCCACAAUAUAUUCAACAACAGCGGACACUUCCACAAUUGACGGUUCAACGAAAGAUAAUUCUACCAUCUAUAAUGGUGGGUCACCACCACGACGACCAUCACCACCUGGCCAAAAAAGAAGGGUAGCAAAUAAUGCAACCGGUCGUCGCAAGAAUAUAGGUUAUCAACGUAUAUAA